GAUGAAACUAACAUAAUACAGUGUGAAUGAAGCUUAAAGAAACUAAGCGCGACAGCAGACAAUACGAAAAAAAAAUCUAGUCAGUAGUACUAUGACGUGAUGACAUUUGAAAGUUUGGUUGAUCAUUAAAUUGUCAUUGAACACCGUUGAUCGUUGAAUAAUAUUCAUAUUAUUUCAAUUUUAAAUUGCUUUUGAUUGUAUCAAACUAAUUCACGUCCUAAUGCAUUAUACUUGACUCAUAAAACGACAUUGAUAAUGACAGUAACAAUCGUCAUUAUGUAUUAAUAUUAUUAAAUUCAAUGCUAUGUUUAAAUUAAUGCUUUUUUUAUAAUCAUACAAUGCAUCCAAGUGAUUAAGAAAAAAAUUAUACAUGACUUCUGCCGAAUAUUUUAUCAGUUUGAUAACAGUGGCAAGUGCAAAAAAAUUAGCUACAGCACUUGUCGUUUGUUUUAUACUUUACCAUGGCGUUAUGCAUCUUAUUUACGGUAGCGAUUCCUGUAGAUGGUUACUAACAGAAGGAAGAUAUAAAGGAGACAAAGAAUGGCAACCUUAUGGUUGUAUGAUGCAUCAUUAUACACAAACAGAUAGUAGGAGAUGCAUGAGAUAUUUGGCUUUUAUGGGUCAUCACAAUCAUUUUGUAUUUACCGGUGAUGCUAGAAUAAGGCAAAUUUAUAAAUCUUUUGUAUCCCAAUUCGUAGUCGAUGGAAAAGCAUCUGAUCUCACUGAAUUACCAGAAAAUUCAGAUUUAAGUUUUAACGAUGCACAAUUAAAAUUACACAUGCAGUUCCUAUGGAGACCCAAGUUGGAUAAUACUAUGAUAGAAGACUUCAGACAUUGGAUGAAUGGUGAAACGCCUAGUUUAAUUAUUGCAGGCUGUGCAGCUGCUGAUAUUCUUGCAAAUAAUAUUAGUGAAACACAAUUAUACUCGGAUUAUAGUAUGGGUCUUGUGAGACUAGUACAGCCAGCAGAUAUCUUAGCUAAGAAAGAAUCACAAGUAUUAUGGAUGAUGCAAGAUCCUGUGGUAAAAGAAAGAUUGCCAGCUCAAUUAUCAGUGAUAGAUAAUACACAAAUUAAUUUGUGUAAUAAAGCAGCUAUAGAAAUUUUAUCUCAUAGUAAUGUACGCAUAUGGGAGAGUAGUAGACUUGUUGGGGCAGGUGUAUUGGAACAAAGUCCAGAUGGAUACUUAGCUAGUCCAUUAUCAUUACGUCAUAAAGUUCAAAUAUUAUUGAACACGUAUUGUAACAAUCAUAUGAAUUUUGAUGAUGGCAGUUGUUGUAGCUAUCCAGAAUCAGCUACGACUUUGCAAUUAUUGACUUUGUCCAUUCUAGCACUAUGUAUAAUAAUUGGUGGGAGUGUUUGGUUAUACAGAAGAUUCUGCCAACAUCGAUCAGAAGUUUCAUACAUUAGUGUAGAUACAGAGGAAACCAAAGAUACGGAACAAACAGAAUCUUCUGAUGUACAAAUAGAGCAACCUCAAGUGCAAGACUUUUAUAGCUUAAGCACAUCUUUGGCUAUUUUAUCUAUUAUAUUAGCAUACUUUUAUUUGUGUGACAGAACAAAUUUCUUCAUGAAGGAGAAUAAAUACUACAGUGAAUUUAGCUUUUGGCUCCCUCUUGGAUAUAUCUUAGCUCUUGGAUUAUUUUUUACCGAGCAUUGUGAAAGGGGACCAAAUGCAUUAAAUAGGGAGCAAACGGAUGAAUGGAGAGGUUUAAUGCAAGCAGUAGUGCUUAUAUAUCAUGUUACUGGUGCCAAAAACGUUUUACCAAUUUAUAUGUACUUAAGAUUAAUUAAUUCUGCAUAUUUAUUUCUUUCUGGAUAUGGACAUUUUUGUUAUUUUUGGCAAACGGGUGAUGUUUCUCUCAUCAGAUUUGCCAAGGUCAUGUUCAGAUAUAAUUUAUUAACUGUAACAUUAUGUCUAUGUAUGAAUAGACCUUAUCAAUUUUAUCAUUUUGUACCAUUGGUUUCAUUUUGGUUUUUGGUUAUUUAUUUUUUGGCAUGGCUACCUCCUAGAGUAUAUUCUGGAAGUUUGGCCGAAUAUGGUCCAAGAACAUUACUUUAUCUUGCCUUAAAAUUAUUGGGUUUAGUAUCAAUAAUUACCGUAUUAUAUAUGUCAGAGGUGUUUUUUGAGAAAGUAUUUGUUACACGACCUUGGAAAGCAUUAUUCGUUACGACUGACGAUGAUAUACGAGAAUGGUGGUCGAGAUGGCGAGUCGAUAGAUAUAGUGUUGUAUGGGGUGUUACAUUUGGUGCUGCUCUUGUAGCUUUACAAAGAAUAGAUCAUAUACCAGGAACAGCAUUAUCCUCAGUAUUGGCACUGAUUUCUUUAGUAGCUUACACUACUUUUACAAUAUUAUGCUAUUCAGUAUCUGAGUGCGAAGAAAUACAUUCUUAUGUGGCCUUUAUACCUAUUGUAGGCUAUAUUGUACUUCGAAAUGCUUCACUAGCACUACGUGGAAAACAUUCCGUCCUACUAGCUGGAUUGGGUAGGAUUAGCUUGGAAACAUUAGUUGGUCAAGGUCACAUAUGGUUAGCUGCAGAUUCACAUGGUGUAUUAGUAUUACUACCUAGGUUUCCAGUAUUAAAUCUUUUAAUUACAUCAUUUAUCUUCAUAUGUGCAAGUCAUGAAAUACAUAGAUUAACAAUUAUGUUGGUACCAUAUGCGGUUCCAAAUGACUGGAGAUUAGUAGCUCGGAACUUAUUAUUAUUUAUUGCUGUAUUAGUACCUAUUGGAAUACACGAUGGAAUGUUCUGAAUGCAAUACAUUUUACUUUCCAUGAACAUUUCGAAUUAUUCAGUAUCUGAGUACAAAUUCGAAUCUUAAACAAUGGUACAAUUUUACUAGUGCGUCCAGAUAACUUGGAAUCCAAGUAUCUGUACCAAUAAUGGCAAACUAUACCAAUGGACAUGCCACUCACGGCCAUAUUCCUUGUUCUGCUUGGACUCCAUUUUUCCCAUUCACCCUAAAAGUAAAGUAUAAGCUCUGUGUAAAAUAAAAUUCAAAACUCUUAGGUGAUUGUAUCAAAUGUAGUAAACCUUUAUUAUUUCAUAGUGUUGUUCUAUGAUAUCUCCUACAGCUGAAAGAGAGAUUGAUAUGGCUACAUUGGUGUAUAAUAAAUUUUUCGAUGAAAAUAA